AUGUCGAGCACGACACACGACCCCCGACUACUCUACAGUGUCAACAAUAUCCGUGCAUUCCAUAUCCAAGAUGGCGAGGAGCAGGAAUUGACGCCGUCUGGACCGCAAACGCUCUCUUUGCUCAUGGUUCCUACGGCCGCAUCCGCGCCUACACCACCAUAUGCUGCAGGUGCAGGUACACAGACACCAGAGGAGGAUUUCUAUCUUCACCUAUACCUUCCACCCGAACUCGACCUUGCGCUACCCGCCACCACACAGAUAUUCCACCAGCCGCCCGAUAGCUACCUGAUUCCCCGCUGGGACAUGGCACCUGAAGUGGGCGCCUUCAUUCGAAUCCAGUUUCCUGGUAUUGGAAAAGGCCCAAACCAUGUCACACAGGAUGACAUAGAUACCUUUGAAACUAUCCUUGCGCAGUGCACUGCCUUCCACGAUCGUUCUCCUCCCACCCCCGGCGGCAAGUCCGAUAGCUACGCGGCAUACAAUCCAGCCAACUUUGCACCAGGGGAAGGAUAUAUUUCUUCACCUACCGGAGACAAAAAAGGUGAUCACGCGCAUGGCAAGAUUGUACUGGUAGAUGAAGAGGACGGCAGUGUUGUCGGCGAACUAGGAGAUGGAUACAAUGUGGUUGAAGACUCGGACGUCAAACCCGGAUCCAAACGCCCUGUUGGAAUUGAACUUCCAGGCGAAGGAGAAGGCAAUCGUGUCAGCGUGAGUAAUGUCUCCGAGGAAUACCUGGCGAUGUCCCGACACCCGGCGUAUCAAAAUUCGACAAUCGUGCAAACCUCAGCUACGGCAUCGCGCUUGGUUGUCAUGGGGUCGACGUAUUUGGCCAAUGCCCUUACGAGCGGCGCGGACACAUUCACCAAGAAGGUGAAGCCCAAUCAAAAGCCAGUGACGUUCUCCGAAGCGACUCACGCCCGCGUUCGCAAGGUGGGCACCUUUUCCAACGGUGCUGCGGACAUUUCCUCUCGUACAAUUGGACAAGUGGAAAAGGUUGCACAGAACUUGGGCGCAUCUUUUGCGCGCAAGGAUGCUGCGAGGCCGAAGAAAUUUGAUAAGAGCAACCCACCGCCUGAUUACAAGCCAGGAGUGCUGAACAAAUCCAUGAUUGCGUUCUCCACCUUGGCCGAUGGAAUUCAGGAAGGGGCAAAGAAUAUGCUUCUUACCAGCUCACAGGCAGCCAGCACGAUGAUCGGUCAUAAGUACGGCACUGAGGCGGGCUCCGUGGCAACCAACCUGACAGGUGGCAUCAAGAACGUUGGAUUGGUAUACAUUGAUGCCACGGGUGUCAGUCGGCGUGCACUACUCAAGUCCGUGGCAAAAGGUAUGGUGGUUGGGCGUAUGCGUGAUGGACAGCAGGUGGUUGUCGGAGCUGGCGAUGGUGGCCAGGUGCCUCAUGACGCGCAGGCGGGACCGUCGAAUUUGGGGGCGCGAGACCCAGCUGCUCGGGGCCCAUCACCGGGCCCGCCACCUGCAUACGAUGCAUCAGAGACGCAAUUGCUCGGCGGCACGCCCAUGUCAGGGGCCAAGCGGUAA